CUCACAGUCCGUCACCGCCGCCCGUGGUGCGAGCACGCGGACGCUCUAUCGCCUUGAGAGACAGAGAUACACACUAGCUGUAUUAUACUCUUGGCAUAUACGCGCGACAUCCUUUCUGCAUUUUAGCCACUCGAGCGAUUCUCCCGGCUCUCAGUAAAUAUACGGGAAAAUAUCCAAGACGUAUGCGGAAGGGUCGUUCAGUGUGGAUUCGUCGUGAAGAUUUGACAGCUCGUUCUAGUUUUUCUUUUGGAUUACGCUCUUAGCCAAUAUCUCGGCGACAGUCUGCGCCUCUCGCGGGGCAGACUUUCAAAACGGAGGGAUAGACUGAUACUUUUCCCGCCUUCUGUCAGCAGACGUGAAUACAGACAUUUCCUUUAUUGUUAGUGGUGACUCCCACGGAUGGACCUUGACAUUCGAGUACGUGCUAAUAUCACGUCGUUACCAGCAAGCAGUACUGACGUUAUCUUGGAUACUUGUAUUUAGUAUCCUUCUCCGUGAGACUGUCUCGGUUACUUGUAAUUACAGUGCUAAUAAACUGUGCACCCAAGAUCACCGUGUAAUUUCAUAUCGUUGAGUCUCUUGGAUGGUGAUAAGGAAUUUUAUUUCUCGACCAAGGAACGAUAUCUUUAAGCAUACCCUGUCCUGCACGACCUUGUCAACCCUCUGCGUCUAUCUCCAAGUAUACUCAGUGACUCGGUCUCAAGUUACACGACACGUGCGAACCUUUCUAACUUCACAUCGUGCUCGGGCACGUAUGUAACCUAUGCACGUACGGGAGUGACAAGUGGUCGACCGAAGGCGUGAUACCCACGUGGCGCCACAAAGUUGCGUCCGCGGUUUGAACUUUUGCGUACUUCAAGUGUGGCAGUGUGUGCGUGUCUGCCUUGCUAGGGUGAUGUAAACAAACAAGAAAAAAAGGAACAAUAUUAUCGACAGAGAACAGUGAUAUCAAUUCAAAUUGUAAACCCGUGACAGUGUUGGUGAGUCUCGACGUGUCUGUGACAAGUUAAGAGUACACGUGGUUAGUGACUAAAGUUUUUGAGCAAAACUUAUAUACCUUUUUCAAAGUGUCACAAUUUUGUGGUACGCAGAUACAAAGGAAGUUCUUUAUAUGGAACUGAUGCUCUAGAGACUGAAAAGCAACAAUCCUCCUGGUAGUACGGUGGUGAAAUCGGUGACCCGUCGUAAAAUUCGUAGCACGUUAAGGGCUACCGAAACGCAAUGCUGAGAGUCUCAGCUGUUCAAAUAGGAAGGGUGAAGCGAUCGUCCUUGUCGAAGGCCGCGUCGGCCUGCUAAAAUGACUGCGCGUCUACACUCGCUCAGGCACCAGGAGAAGAAAUCCGCUAGUGGAAGUCACAGACAACAUCAGCAGCAGCAACAGCAACAUCAGCAAUCGAUUCAUCAGGGACCAAGUCCCGCGCCUAGUCCCAGCCCCAGUCCCAGCCCGAGCCCAAAACAUUCGGACGGACGUAGAGCUAACAAACCACUGAUGGAAAAGCGACGAAGAGCGAGGAUCAAUCAGUCGCUGGCAGCGCUGAAGGCGCUGAUCCUUGACAGCGCCCGGUUGGAAAAUACGAAGCACAGUAAACUGGAGAAGGCGGAUAUCCUAGAGUUGACCGUGAGACAUCUCCAGAGGCAGAGGUCCCUGGCCCAACCUGGACUCUCUAGGUACAAGGCCGGUUAUCAGGACUGUUCCAGAGAGGUCAGUCGCUACCUCGAUGCGCCGGAUAUAAUAACUGGCAAUACUAGUCCCAUGGAUCCAGCUGUCAAGCAGAGGCUACUUCGACAUCUGGACAGUUGCGUAUCCGAAUUGGAUUUGGAUCUUGGUUCCCGACCUGAUAGUGGUCUCGGUAGCAGUCCCGGAAGCGUUACGGACAGAGUGACCGGUGCCACGAGCCCAGGUCCCCUGGAUCAUCAUGCCCCGCCGACGCCUCACUGCAGCACGGCGCUUAAUACGGCACUGAUAAAGUCCGAGAUACCGGAAAUGGACGCCACCAGACCGGACAGUAGUACAACGGCUGGGGACGAGAACAACAACAGCAGUAGACCCACCUCGGCGUUCAGUCAAGUAAAUCCAACUGGCAUGGAACAUCAUCCGGCUGGGAUGCCAGGUGAUCAGGCGUCUACGUCGCAGCAGAAUCCGAAUAUGCUGUCCGUGGUCCAGGUGAUACCAUCUCGGCUACCGGACGGCCAGGUCGUGUUCCUCUUACCUAGUCACUAUGUCCAAUUGGCUGCGGCUGCAGCAGCCAAUGGCAUCAGCAUCGGGCCCAAUCCGCCUACCGCCAUUUGGGCCGCGACCAAUAUGUCCCUUCUCAAGGCUACGGAUAAACUCGCCAAGAGGCCCCACGACGAGCUCCCAGAAUGGUCCGAAGGUGCCAAGCCCAGCAAGAGUCCCAGGAUGGAUCAGCCUGAGCAACCGUUGGACUUUACCACGUCGAAGAAGCUGAAGUCUACGAGGAUGACGGGUCUCGAGGGUGCUCAAGUGUCGCGGGGUCAGGUGGAUCCUCAGGACGAGAGGCCGGCGAGUCAUGCGGGUAGCGAGGGUGUCAGGAUGCCAUCUCCGUCUCCGAUUGGGCCUCAGCCCGUCAAAGACGAAGAGGGCAUGUGGAGACCCUGGUAAAGCUUACGCAGCCGUGAGAACACUGUACAAAGUCAGUCUCUGAGAGACGUCCAACUGAGGUUUCAAGUUAAUGAUGAAAAGUCACAUUAAAAGAGUAUAUGAAUUCGAAUUCGAGAUGAAGACACUGUUUUCCUUUUUGAGUAUCUUCCAGGGACUAUUCAUCUCGCGGAUCCCACCUCUUCGAUACCGAUCCGUAUCUCGAAUUCGAAUUUUCGUAUAAUUGUAAUCCGAUUGGCGGGGAGACGAGCCUGAAUGCCAAAGUAGUAUGAGAGGCAAUAAACCUUGUAAAAUACAUUACGCCUAAUUAAAAGUCCAUUUUUUCAACGCGUUCGAUGUUCACCUCGAGAUAAAAGAAAAAUAUGAAAAAAAAAAAAAAAUACCAAUUGUCACUUCCUAUUAACGAGCACGAGGGAUCCUUAAUUCUGGCAAAGAUCCAAUAUCUCGGAAGAAGAUGAAUUAUCGGAGGAAUAAAUAAAAUCAAGGUCACAGGAAAUCCAAAAUCUUAUAUUAAACACGUGAAAUCUUUCAGAAUUAACGAUCCUCGCAUAAUCAUACGUGAGAAGAAAAGCGUCACGAAAGGAUAUCUAUAGAUAGAGAGCGACAGAGGCAUGUAUCUAUUAUAUAAUUGUAUGUAUGUAAAUGGCAAAGAGAGCGAAUAAGAGAGAGGGAGAGAGAGAGAGAGAGUGAGAUUGAGAAAAAGAUAUAAACAAUAAAGAAAAAUUGAUGUCUCUACGAUACAUUACGAGAUAAAAGUAUGAUUGUCAAUAUCUGAACGCGCGAAGAGUGUAUAUGAGAGAUUUAAGAUGAAAGCACCUGUAUUUUUAGUCCGUCACUUUGUACAUAGUAAAAGAGAAAACCCGGUCCAUCGUCGAAACUAUUGCUAUUACGAGAUAUAGAUUUAUUUUGAUGUUAUCUAGGUAUAUGCGAUAUAAGAGACACACGCGCAAUUCCGCGAUCGUGCGAGCGAUAGACGCGUGAGCUUGUAAUUACGAGGAUAGAGGCGAUGAUGAUGAUGAUGAUAAUGAUGAUGAUGAUGAUGAUUAUGAUAAUGAUGAUGAUGAUGACGAGGACGAAGAGGAGAGAAUUUCGCGAAAAGAGAAGGAAAAAGUAAAAUAUAAUGAAAAAAAGAAAAAUGAAUAAAUGGAACCAUCACCACUACUACCACCACAUCACCACCUAACUAUGACUAUAUUGCUAAAUAUCUUGGGAUCUGAUUCCGUAUUCAAUGUACUUAGUUACGCAGUCAAUAUACUCAUAUAUUGAUCUGUA